AUGGCGGCCGCGUUGUCCGUACCGGCGCCGGGGCCUACGGAGGCUCCGGUACCGGAGCUAGGCCGCGGCCUAGGCCGGGCCCCGGAGGAGGCGCUGCCGCCGCUGGACCGGGCCGAGGUGCGGAGCCGCUUGGCCCGCAGCGCCCGGCAGUUCCGGAACCGCCGGAAGUUGCUGAUCCGGGGGCUCCCGGCGGACGUGAGCAACCAGGAAGUGCAUGACCUGCUCAGUGACUACAAGCUCAAGUACUGCUUCGUGGAUAAGGGCAAAGGGACCGCCUUCGUCACCCUCCUGAACCGGGACCAGGCGGACGCCGCCAUCGCCAAACUGCACCGGAGCCGCCUGCGCGAGCGCGAGCUCUCGGUGCAGCUCCAGUGCACCGAUGCCCUCCUGUGCGUCGCCAACCUCCCGCUCCUGCUCAGCCAGCAGCAGUUCGAGGACCUCGUCCGCCCCUUUGGCAACCUGGAGCGCUGCUUCCUGGUCUACAGCCCCAAAAGCGGCCAUUCCAAAGGCUACGGCUUCGUGGAAUACAUGAAGAAGGACGCGGCGGCGCGAGCCAAACUGGAGUUACUGGGCAAGCAGUUGGGUACCCGCACCCUCUACGUGCACUGGAUGGAUGCGAACCACUUGACCCCGGAGCUGCUCCAUUCCAAGUGCCUGUGUGUGGAUAAGCUGCCCCAUGGCUAUUCCGACCGGGAAGAGCUGCGCCGCCUCUUCUCGGCCGCCGGCGCCCCCGCUUUCUGCCAGCUGGCCUAUGGGCAGGACGGGCAGCUCAAGGGCUUUGCCGUACUGGAGUACGAGUCGCCGGAGCUGGCCGAGCUGGUGCAGGAGGCCACCGACGGCAUCGCGCUCGCCGGGAAUCACGUCCGCGUCUCCUUCUGCGCGCCCGGCCCGCCCGGCCGCAGCAUGCUGGCGGCACUCACCGCUGCCCAGGCGAUGGCCCUGACCCGCGGCAAGGGGCUGCUCCCAGAGCCCAGCCUCCUGCAGAUCCUGAGCAGCUUGGGCAACCCCGCAUCCCUGCAGCUGCUCCUGGCUCCGCUGCUGCCCAGCGGGAAGCAGGGCAUCCUGGGAGCUGCCCCCUCUGUGCCCUUGGUGAGCAACCCGGCGCUGGCCACCGCGCUCCUGCAGCUGCUGCUGCAGCACCGAGGGCAGCAGAGACCGGGAAUCCUGGGGGAGGCUCCGCUGAGCUCCCGGCCCCGCAGUGCCCUGGCUCCAGCUCCAGCCCAGCCCCCGGGCCCCAUCCUGUCCGAGCUCCCCACUGGUCCUGAGGUACCCCAGGCCCGGGCCCCCAUUCCCGUUGCUGCUUUCCCAGCUCCAGUGGGAAUGGAUUGGGAUGGGGCUGGGGGGCCCCUCCUGACCCCCCCUGUUCCCCCCCCAACCCCAGCCCAGGCCCUGCAGGGGCUCCCCCCCCCGGCCCUCUUGGGCUCCGUCCUUACGGGGCUCCAGAAGCCGAAGCCAAGCGAGAGCGGAGCCGGGGUUUCCCUCCUUGGGGACCCCCCCAAAGACUUCAAGAUCCCCCUAAAUCCCUACUUGAACCUGCCCAGCUUCCUUCCACCACCCAGCUUAGGAGGUGCUGCCCCCAAAGGCUUGAACCUGAGCUUGGGGGGCAGCCCCAAAGCCCGCCCCCCACAACCACCCCUGCCCACGGAUGCCUUCACCUUUGAUUGCCAACCGGAUUUGGGAUCCCGGAUUUACCCCCAGACACGGGACCAAGCUGGAGCCAUCCUGGGGGGGUUCGGGCACAGCAGGACCAAGCUCCCCUCCUCGCCAGGGCUGGAGCGUGGGGGGGGGGCCCCCCCCACCCUGCCCCUCUUUUACUCAGGCUCCCCCACUUCCUACUUCACCAGCGGCCUCCAGGCCGGCCUCAAGCAGAGCCACAUUAAGGCCCUCCGGCUGCCUCCAUCCGGCCCCACAGACACCGUCCUCCCCUUGGCCCCCCCCAGCCAAGCAAAGAGCCCUGGGGGGGGGCAGAAGCGAAGCUUCUCCCAGCUCCUGCCCCCCCUGGAGCCCAGCCCCAAGGGCUGCUAUGUGGGGCAGCAUUCCCAAGGCCUGGGGGGGCACUACGCUGACUCCUACCUGAAGAGGAAGAGGAUAUUUUAGCCCCCCCCCCAUUAAAUCCUAUACAAACAGGGGAUGCUUUUCCCUGCAGUUUGGGGUUUUUUAGGCCUUUUGGGUUAGUUUGGGGGGGGGGUAAAUAUAGGAC